UCAACUGUGGCUCAGAUGGCAUUGUGUCUGAUUUUGAAAUUAGUUUUGCGCCCCUCAAAGAUAUUCCCUUGAUUUUGUUUUGAACUUCACUUGUCAUUCCCAUCAGUACAACGAUCCCGUGUAUUUCAAUCUAAAUCAGUGGUUCCAGAGACAAAUAAUGAGUGAGAAUUAUUAUAUCUAAGUUUUAUUGUGUUGCAAAAUACAACAACAUUUCGGACAUGAAAUCUCUUGAUUACGAGUCAUCAUCUGAGGGGGAUGACACGACAUCAUUACCAAUAUCUCGGACAGUGGUGGAACCUGCACAUUGGUUGAAAACGAAUGCACAAGGAUGGGGAUGGCAAAGUGGGGCUGGAGUAGGAGGUCCAAGUUCCUCAGGUAACACAAUGGAUCCAUCAACUUAUCCAAAUUUCCAUCCAAAUGGAGAAGAUAGCCAAAUACCGGGAAGGAGGACGCCAUUGGGUGCAGUUGGUUUGGGUGGCUUCUAUUUUCAAGGUUAUCCAUCGAACCUACAGGGAAACAGUGGACCCUCUGAUGAAAACAAUCCUGAAAGUGGACCAAGCCAAAAUAUGGGUUGUAGAUCACCUCAAUCACGACCCUUGCCAAGCAGUUCACAAAACGCAGCCGGAACAAAGGGAAAAAACCGCCAAGGAAAGACAGUAAGACUAAACAUCAAUGCCAGAGAGAGGCGCAGAAUGCACGAUCUGAACGACGCCUUAGACGACCUCAGAGCUGUCAUACCGUAUGCUCAUUCACCCUCUGUCAGAAAGCUCAGCAAAAUAGCCACCCUUCUUUUAGCCAAGAACUACAUCCUGAUGCAAGCAAAUGCUCUUGAGGAAAUGAAGCGCCUCAUAGCUUACCUCCAAGGUACUGCAGGAGGUGCGCCGAUUGUAGUGCCACCUGGAUUUGACCUCCAAGGUUUCCCGGCGGCGGCUAAGUUCCUUCAACAGCAGACCAUGCAGGGAGAGAGUGGACCUCCAAGUGAUAAUACGAGGCCUUCUGGAUCUGCCAUGUAGUAUUCUCGAAGGCUCUGAAGCUAUAUUAUGUAGUCAAAAAUUUGCCCUCCAAACAUUAUUAAAGCAAGUGCUAAAGAUUGGAGUGUGAUAUUCUAUUACAGUCUGUUCAUAUGGAAUCGAGGGUUAUUAAUUUUAUUCUGGUUUUCUAUUGUGGUAUCAAUUUUUUUACUUCCACCCUAAACAACAGACAUUUUGGCAGGUUCUAAUAAA